AUGGCUGAAGAAGAGGAACCAGGACAGCCUACCCCAAGCUCACAUCGACCUCCUAUCCGUGAGUCGCUCUAUUGGAAAAAAAGAAUCAAGAUAAAUCUUCAGACACUCCACGUCGAAGAAUCAUUGCGCCACGGAAGGCUGGACCCUCACCGAAAGUUCAAUGAGCAAGAUCUCAGGGAGUUUUACUCGGAUCGCCUACCUCAUCCUGAUCGAAUCAUAGAUAACCAAACAUUUGCUCGCUGGGCUAUCGAGGAAGCCCUGCGUGAAUACUCUCCUGAUACCCGAUUCCAAUUAACUGGUGGAAUCAUGCAGGGCCAGUCUGUCAAAAUGAGCAAAUUUGAGAGGAAGACCCUCGGAGAAAUCACCAAAACUGUUCAAGCCGAAAGCCAGCUUGAAGUCGACGCCGAGAACCCAAACGGCUCAGGAGAGACCGACAAUGAAUUUACCCAGGACGUCGGGACGAUAGCGCAAUGUAUAAUAUCAGCAUCGCCCAACUGCCUUGGACCCCCGACUGAAGCGAGCGCGGCGUACUUACAAAUGGAAAAAUGCGGCGAAUACGGUCCAAACAAGUUAUCGAGGUGGAGGUCACCCCUAUUUCCUAGGCUGGAUGGCCGAGAUGGUCGUAAGGCUUUUCACGACAAUCAGAUUACAGCAAUCGUCUGGAUAUUAUCAAGGUUCUUGGGCGAGCUCCCACGACUUCGGAUAAAGCAUAAAGAUCUUUGGGAUGAAGCCACCAAAAGAUAUAUACAAAAGCCGGAAACCAGGGCCGAGAGGAAAAAUAGACAAAAGCUGCGCGGUCCCAAAUAUUUCGGCGGUAUCCUUGCAGACUCGAUGGGUCUUGGAAAGACCUUAGCUACGAUCGCGGCACUCGAUAUACUAGCGACGCAAAGAUUAAACCUAGUAAUCAAAGAUGGUAAAGAACGGCACCGCCCAAUGCUAAUACUAACACCGAAUACUAUUGUUGCCACCCAAUGGAUGGAUGAGAUUAACCUUAUAGGAAGCUCACGAGGCAUUAAGCAGAUCAUUAUAUCUGGGCAUGGCUUCCAGAGGAGGGAUAACCAGCUUAGGAUUCACAGCCUGACACGCAAAGAAUUCGAUACAGACUGGCCGCAAGAACUACGUUAUGUCUGGGAUGAAGACGACCAGAAGGCAUCCAAGACUGUCAUUAUCAUGUCUAUCGAUGCUUUCGCUGGGAGAACAUGCGUAGCUAUCAAAGAUGACGACGGUAAUCAAAAAUGGGCUUCAACUUUCACAAAUAUGAACCGACGAUUUUCGGUUGUGGUUGUCGACGAAGCCUACAAGGUUCGAAAUACGGCUACGAAGAAUUGGAAAUCAGUCGCUCUGCUGGAUCGCCAAUUUACCCUGUUAAUAACAGCCACUCCGUGCCAGAACCAUAUAAAGGACCUCCUUGGGCCCAUUCAGAUGCUUUGGGAUAACCCACAUGAGUAUCUCCGGGAGAAGGGGUUGCUUAAGGACAUACAAAGAAUAUUUAUAAUGCCUCUAGAUUUACGACGUCUGGACACCGUAAAGCUUAACGAUGACCGCUUUCUUGUCGCGGGAAGCCCAGCCCUACUGGCCAAGCUGAUUUACCGAUUCAGAGGUUCCUCUGCUGUCGAUAUCCAGGAGACACGAAUGUUUUUAAAGGCACCCAGUUCUCGAUUGAAUGUGGAUUGGGAGGGCAAGAAGCAAGUUUCUUUGGAUGGGUUGUUGCCUACCGUUGAUAAUUACACAGUCAAUAUACAAUGCGAUGAGGCGUUGGAAAAGGAAUGCCAGGGAGCACACAUAGAUCUCCUUAUCGAGUACAUGAAAACUUUAGACAAUUGGAAGCAGAAUGCAAAAAGUCCAGAUAUGAAGCCGAUACUCUUCCUGUACCGUUUAUUUCAUCUUGCUGCUGCUUCCCUUGACGUGUAUCGACUCGAGAACCUGUUUACGCUAAACGGAUUCGGCACAAAAUCUACGGACGUACGCACUAUGCGUAAAUCAAAUGUUAACUUCAUGCAUAUCGCCCCUUUUCUCCUCAAACGAAGUGAUCCAAAGCCUAAAAUAGCCCUGGAUUAUGUCAAGCUAGCAGUGCGCAAGUCGCCUAUCUUACGAUACAUCCUCCACUACGUGAAAGGGAACCUCCUCGGCAGGGGUAAGAACGGCAAGAUCAAGAAGCUCUUGAUAACCGAAGGAAAUCCGAUGCUAGCAUAUUACUACGAACUCGUCUUUCAGUUUCUUCUCAUCCAUUGCCGCACGCUUCAUUCGGGCCUAGCAGCCGAAGAACGCAGAGAGCUCAUCGCCGACUUCAAUAGUGAUGCAGAUCAUUCCUGCCAAGUUUUGAUCCAGAUGUACACUGUCGGCUUCGCCGGAUCAAAUCUACACAAGAAUUGCUCACGGGUCUUGGUCGCAUCGCAGGCUUACAGUCUUGCUGUUCAGACCCAAGCUGUACAUCGGGUCAUUCGAGUAGGCCAAGAAUCCGACGUGAAGGUAUACCGACUCAAGGUUAACAAUUCGUUCCACUCAUUUCAAGAAAGCCGACAAGUCGAGAAGAUGCUUCCAGAACUAGGGACCCGGGCACAGGGCCCGCUAAAUGAUGUUUUGGUCCAGGUGCUCAACCUUUUCCAGUCCGAGAUCGAUGGCUUAUGGAGGAAUCCGGAAGCCCGCGACCUCCUUGAAAACAUGAACUUGAUCAAUAGUCCUGCGGCGGAAGGAGAGGAGCCGGGAUCCAAACGUAUAAAACUAGGAGAUGGGAGUGCUGUACAAGCUGAAUCAUCACAGGAGGAUGCCACAGAUAUUGAAGUACGGCCCAGGAGGAAGCGCAAGAGAAACGGACAUGAUAUGUCAACCACCAGUCUAUUUGAGAUGGACCCAGAAAGGUUUACCGAGUGCAAGUCUCGCUCGGCCUAUUAUAAGGAAUUCAAGGGAUUACCCAGGGAGUUGAAGAGCUACUUCUGCCACAAGAAAAAUAGCCUUCGAAGGAUGCUAUCCUACGGCAGUAGGAACAAUAAUGCAGUUACGAGGGUGUGGCAGGUGAAGGACCUCAAUGAUUCUGCCGUACUUGAAAGAGCCAUGGAACUCGUACUACGGAUCAGGCUCGGGACAAACAGCAUUGGGAUGCUACCCCUGCCGCAAAUCGAUUUCUCUCUGGCCCCUCGGAAGAAGCUGAAGGAGCUCGCGGGUCUGUUGAGCGAAGUUGAAGUGAUAGCUCAAGAUAUACAGACGAAAAAGGACCGAGAGGAUGCAAAAGGGCUGAAGAAGGAGAAGGUCCCGGCCGAGUUGAGAAAGGACAUGACAAUGCCCGAGCUAGAGCAGAUACUCAGGGACAAAGCCCUGGGUUUCAAGUGCAGCGAAUCCCCUCGAGGUUCCGCCACGGUCGCUAGCUCCAUUAGCGAGGACUUCGAUUCAGAGCGAGAAUACGAAGAGGAGGAGGAGGAGGAGGAGGAGGAGGAGGAAGAAGAAGGAAAGGGAGAAGAAGAGGGUGAGAACUCUUGCAUCCAGGGCGAAUUACGUCGGGAUAGCAAUUUGGAAGCCGAUGACGACGAGAAAGAUGAGCUAAAAACCAAGACGGCGGAGACGACAGCGGACUCGGACGAGCUUAUGUUCCUUAGCAGCCGACCCGUCCAGAAGGAUAGAAGCUCGCCGCGUAACUCGAUCGACCUCACAGGCGACGGACCUAGCGGGAGUGGUGAUAGAAUUAAGCGAGAAAGCUCAGCUGAAAGCAUGCUCUAUGACGAUUCCGACACGCCCAGACCUGCUACAAUCUGGAGACUGGCAGGAAUACAUGAUGGAGGAUAG